AUGGCCACUCUAAUACAGAUUAUUCUGUUUGAAUUAAGCGCCACUAUUCCUACUGACGUCGUUAUUGAUCCUGCGCCUUAUGCAUUCAAUGAUGAAUUCCAAGAAAAGAAGCCCCUUCGAAAAUUGAAAGGCAAAAGGCCAUUUAAAGUAUUUCAGAAUACUAUAAAAAGGUCACAUGGCGAAAGAGUUAUCACAGGAUCUGUAGGCCGUAAAUCAUUUUUGCCAAGAGAACUCAUAGUUUUCGUA